AUGACCACUAGAAGUGCUUCAAAAAUGCGGAGGAUUUUGGACUGUGUGAACAAGAGUUCCAAGUUGAUGGCGAGAAGGAAUAGCGUGUGGACAGCUGAAAGGACCCUAACAACUCCAUAUGAUAAAAUUGAAAUACCAAAUUGCACUGUUUACGAUUAUGUUUGGGAAAAUUUGGAGAAAUGGCCUGAGAAAACGUUAUCGGUAUGUUCAGCAACUGGUCGAGGUUACACCUACGAGCAAGCUUUCAAUUUGUCGAACGCGUUCGCUGCAAAUCUUCGGUUGAAACUGAAGAUCAGAGAUGGAGACACUGUGUCGGUGAUGCUGCCGAACAUUCCAGACUUCCCGUUGAUAGCCAUUGGUAUAUUAGGAGCUGGUGGGGUGAUUUCUACCAUCAACCCCAUUUAUACACCUCAUGAAGUGCAACGUCAACUCAUAAUGUCAAAAUCAAAGGCAAUAGUCACAAUGCCAGAAUCACUAAAGGUCGUACAAGAAGCUUUGAAGUUGGCAAAACUUAAUAUACCAAUUAUAAUUGUAAAGACAAACGGAGAUGCAACGCCUGAGAAUACAUUCUGCUUCAACGAAUUAAGCGAAGACGUCCACGUAGACAAAUCCUGUUUGAAGGAAGUAAGAAGGUCGCCUACCGAUACAUGUUUCCUACCUUACUCCAGCGGAACAACUGGUUUACCUAAAGGCGUGGAGCUGUCGCAUAGAAAUUUAGUUGCUAACAUGCAACAAAUGAAUGUAUCGCAGAUAAGGAACCACGAAGAUACGACAGAGACACACCAAGAUGCAGUAUUAGGAGUUUUACCGUUCUUCCACAUUUAUGGAGCAUCGGUGAUAAUGUUCCACAAAAUGUCAAUAGGCGCAAAGAUUGUGACAUUAACCAAAUUCAAUCCCGAUAAUUAUUUCAACACAUUAGAGAAAUAUAAGAUAAGCAUAUUGUAUGCUGCACCUCCCAUGAUAUUAUUAAUGGGAGCUCACCCAGCAAGCACAUCAGAGACGCUGCAACAUUUAAGAACUGUUAUCAAUGGUGCUGCACCAUUAGGUAGCCAAGAUGUGGAAAGAUUUUUAAAUAAACUAAACAGAAAAGCUGACGUCAGACAAGCGUAUGGCUUGACCGAAACUUCACCUCUCGCCAUUAUGCCACCAGUGGGCAUAGAAAAUUAUCAGACGAUAGGAUAUCCCGUCUCAAAUACAGAAGCUAAGAUUGUUGACGACAACCUUAGACCUGUCGGUCCAAAUCAGGCUGGUGAAUUGCUACUCAGAGGACCUCAGGUGAUGAAAGGGUACAGAGACAAUCCGAAAGCGAAUAGUGAAGUUUUCACUGUGGAUGGAUACUUUAGAACCGGUGACGUAGCUAUGGCAGAUGAAAAGGGUCUCAUCACUAUUACAGACAGACUCAAAGAACUCAUAAAGGUUAAAGGAUACCAAGUUCCUCCAGCUGAAUUAGAAGCGGUGCUUCGUGAACAUCCAGCAAUCCUCGAUGCAGCUGUGGUGGGGAUACCACAUGAAGUCAAAGGCGAAGUACCUAAAGCAUUCGUUGUACUCAAGGAAGGGCAGAAAGUUGAAGCGAAAGAAAUCAAAAACUUUGUUAAAGAGAAAGUGGCACCAUUCAAGAGAGUAGAAGAAAUUGAAUUUUUAGAUAAAAUACCGAAGAGUUCUGCUGGCAAAAUAUUACGGAAAGACUUAAAAGCCACAAACACGUAA